AAAGUGGUGCUUCCGGUUCUUUUUUGUUUUUUCUUAAGUCGAAAGGGAAUUCUAAUUGAUGAACCAUUUGUUAUUCAAAAAAUCGCUUUUCACUCUCAAAAUCACUAACUAGAGCAAACCCUAACCCUAGACAGCACCAACUAUGUCUAAACAAGGUGGAAAGGCGAAACCAUUGAAACAACCCAAGAAGGAGAAAGUCGAGUUGGACGAGGAUGACAAAGCCUUGCUUCAAAGGAAGAGAGAAGAGGAGAAGGCACUCAAAGAGCUUAGAGCCAAGGCACAACAGAAGGGACAAUUUGGAGGCUCUGGACUAAAGAAGAGCGGGAAGAAAUAAAAACCUUCUCAAACCAAAAACAUAAAAUAGACAUUGCAAUAUGGCAUUGUGUGAUGAGUUUAAUGUGAUGAAUACCUCCUUUAUUCAAUACUUCAAGAUUCAAUGACAUUCAUUGUUUUAGCCAAUAAAUGAGUUUCACUUAACAAUUCUCCUUAGGUGUCCCAUUUACUUUUGUACACUAUUUAUUUAUCAAUCUUAAAUUGUAUUUUAUUAUUAAUCUAUAAGAUAAAAUGUAGUCAUGUGAGAUUUCA